AUGACAGCUGAAUCUACGGACUACGGCAAGCAAAUAAGUGAGCUGGAAUGCUCCCUGGAGGACAUGCAGCUGACCAUGCAGGAAGCCGAUCGUGCCGUGGCCAGUUUGGAGUCGAAAAUUACCGCCCGUCGAGCUCGCAAUCCACUCGAACCGAUACCGUUUGAGUUGUUUUCCGAUUUUUGCCAUGACUGGACGGAAAAGUGUAAAAUGGCUAUGGAAACGGUGCGUUUUCAGCAGCGUAAAGCCGCCAUUGAGAUGAAGGUCAAGCAGGAGCUGGUCGCCGAAAAGCAGCAGAUCGCCGGCAGCGACAGUAUCGUAGUUGAUCACGAAGCCCUAGUUAUUCAGCAGAAGGAUAACGAGAUCGAGCUACGGAAUGUGAGCAAAACGAACUACGAACUGAAGUUGAUGGGCGGGGUCGUCAAGCGGGACACCACGCGGGAGAAGAUUAAACUGGCCGAAACGAUGCAGCAGUAUGGCCAAAUCGGCGAAGACUGUUGCCGGUUGGAGCGAAAUUUGCGGCAACUGGAGGAAAAAAUCGAACGGACGGAAAUGGAUAUCACCGAGCUGGAAGUAAUUAACGACGAACUGAGAAGGAAGGCAGAACAAUAUCGGGCCCCGAACGUACUGGAAAUCGCCCGGAAGAUAGACGAACUGGAACGAGCUGAGCGAGAGAUUGUGGGCACGGUGAAGAAUAAAUUAGCGGAAAUGGGUGAAAAGGGUAAACAAUAA